UGCCUUUCUGGGCAACAUGUGCAGCCAUUUGAUAAAUAUAUCGUGAAAAACACGGUUGAAGUGGCAAUCUGCCUGCAGCAGAGGAAUAGCUACGGGGAAAAAUGGUAAAUAAGAUAUCUGUUUUUCAUGGAGCUUUUCUUCCAUGCCCCAUGCUGCCUGUGAGACUUAGUCCUGCUGCUCUCCCCGGGGCCAUCUGAGACCACAGCAGCUGGACACAGCGAUGGGGGACUCUUCAGGAAACGCCAUGGAUGGAGGCACGGACACCCCGGCUGAACUGGCAGAGCGGGUCGCAGCCAUAGAUGUGUGUGUUGUCCCAGACAGAAGAGACCAAAAUGGUGAAGAUGAUGCUGAAGAGAAUGACACAGUGUUUUCUGAUAAUGUAAAGGACAUCCAAAGAAAUGGAGUCAACAGUGAUGUGGGAAUCAAUGAACUCCUGCCUUCCCCGCAGUCAGAGGAUGCCCAGUUGAGGCAUGUUCCCAAGAGACCUCCCACUAGACCUGGUCUAUCAAGUAGGAAGCUGUCCCUUCAGGAAAGAUCAUCAGGAGGUUAUUUGGCUUCUAGCAACAGCCCAGGUUGUGGUCCUUAUGCCACAGGACCAUCACCACGAAUAAUGAGGAGACCAACGAUAGAGUCCAACCGGGUCUCCAUCUCAGAUUCUGAGGACUGUGUGCAAUUAAACCAGUACAAGCUGCAGAGCGAAAUAGGCAAGGGUUCCUACGGCGUUGUGAAACUGGCCUACAACGAGGACGACGACAAGUAUUACGCUAUGAAAGUCCUCUCCAAAAAGAAGCUUCUGAAGCAGUACGGAUUUCCACGUCGGCCUCCUCCCAGAGGCUCGAAAGCAUCCUCUGGAGAGCAGCCCAAGCCCAUGGCACCACUGGACAGAGUCUAUCAGGAAAUAGCCAUCCUAAAGAAGCUGGACCACAUCAACAUCGUGAAGCUGAUAGAGGUCCUUGAUGAUCCUGCAGAGGACAACUUGUACAUGGUGUUUGACCUCAUGAGGAAAGGGCCUGUCAUGGAGGUCCCCAGUGAGCAGCCUUUCAGUGAGGAGCAGGCUCGGCUUUACUUCCGAGACAUCGUCCUGGGCAUCGAGUACUUGCACUACCAGAAGAUCAUCCACCGGGACAUCAAACCUUCCAACUUGCUCCUGGGAGACGAUGGGCACAUCAAAAUCGCUGAUUUUGGAGUCAGCAAUCAGUUUGAAGGAAAUGAUGCCCAGCUCUCCAGCACGGCAGGGACACCAGCCUUCAUGGCACCAGAGGCCAUCUCACAGACUGGCAAGAGUUUCAGUGGAAAGGCUCUGGAUGUCUGGGCCAUGGGAAUCACCCUGUACUGCUUUGUUUACGGGAAGUGCCCUUUUAUAGAUGAAUAUAUUCUGGGUCUUCAUAACAGGAUCAAGACCAAGCCUGUGGAGUUCCCAGAAGAGGCACAGAUAAGUGAUGAGCUCAAGGAACUGAUGCUGCGCAUGCUGGAUAAAAAUCCAGAAACAAGGAUAACAGUCCCUGAAAUUAAGGUGCACCCUUGGCUGACCAGGGGCGGGGAGGAGCCGCUGCCGCUGGAGGAGGAGCACUGCUCCGUGGUGGAGGUGACCGAGGAGGAGGUGAAGAACUCGGUGAAGACCAUCCCCAGUUUGCCAGCUGUGAUCCUGGUGAAGGCCAUGCUGAGAAAACGCUCCUUUGGAAAUCCCUUCGAGGUCCAGGCGAGGCGGGAGGAGAGAUCCAUGUCUGCCCCAGGGAAUUUGCUGAUAAAACAAGGAAGCAGAGAAGGAUCCAGGGACCCCGAGCUGCCCGAUGUGUGUGAAGACGAAGCCACGUCCUGAGGCCGCCCGGCCGGUCCCGCCCGUGCUGCUGCUGUUGUGCCCAUCGUGGUGUCGUGUAGCACCAUCGCCCUCAUCACCCCCUCUG